UCGUAGCUCAGCUCAGGUAGGUACCAGGUAGUUUACACCAUCUGGCAUCCACUUAUCCGGUCCAUGUACCAUUGUAUUGUUACCAAAAUACCAAAUGGUUACGGUUACAUUCAACCAAGAUCUUGUCUCACUCUCACUUAUUACGCCGCAAGAGCCUCAAUCCAGUCUGCAACCCCCGUACAAUUGUUAGGCCAUCUCAUAAUGCUUGCCGGUAGUUCCCGAGCUACGCAGUUCUACCUACGGGCGACAGCGUCGACGAACCUUGUCCGAGUCCCUCGUCCCGCGAUACGUCUCUACCGCACUCCGAUACCGUCACGAUUUCUUCCACUAUGCAAUUUUAGACUCUUCACUCUUUCGCAGCGACGCUUUGCCGAACCCCUCAAUAGUCAAGACUCCGCGACAACUCCAGUUCCUCCCGAACAACACACAUCCACCAAACAACAACAGCCUCCCCGUCGCCGCCGCCGAGGCGUAUUCUACUCCGCCGUUUUCCUACUCAUCGGCUUAUCACUCGGCACUCUUGUCCGCUUAUCCCUCGCGCCUCCUCCUCCGUACCCCCACGGCUCCCCUCAAGACGAAUACCACGUUUCCAAGAUCCGGGAGGAAGGGUCCGCCCUGCCGCUCGUGCGCAGGUUAUCUUCCGACCCGACUUGGAAGUCCUGGGAUGCCUACUCCGGCGCGCAAUCCUCGUCCAUAGUGCAAUCGCGUCUGACCACCGGGCCGCUGGGCGGGUCACACGGUCUUCCCUUCCAACGCGUGUUUCGCAACACCAAGACCAACGAAGUCAUAAGCGUCGUAUACCUCGGCGCCGCGACCUCCGGAUGGCCGGGCGUCGUGCACGGUGGGGCGUUGGCGACGCUACUAGACGAAAGCCUGGUCCGGUGCGCCGUCCUGCUGUUUCCCGCACGCACGGCCGUCACUGCUCGUCUCGAACUUCAGUAUCGCGCGCCUACCCUGACUUCUAGUUUCUAUCUUAUCCGCGCCCGGCCAAUGAUUGCCGAAGGAGAGGAUCUGUCUAAGGUCGAUCGGAAGAUGUGGGUCGAGGGUACAUUGGAGACACUUCACGGAAAGAUUUGCGUUGAGGCCAAGGCUUUAGCUGUUGUGCCCAAGGGCGUUAAACUAAAGCCCCUCGUUGAGGAAUUUUAAGACAAUGUCUGUAUUGAGCGAGUCCACAUAGACUUUUGGGGGGGAGGCUUUCAUAAGGAGAUCGCUGGCUUAUCCAACAUUUAUCGGCGUUUUGGCAUGACGAAUAAAUCAAAGACGAUACCAAAGCAUAGA